AUGACACAGAUUGGUCCAAACAUCAUCACAUUUUUCAUGUCCAACGUUGGAAUAAGCAUUUGGCCUGCCUGGAUGAAAUCGUUUACAAAUUUAACCGAGCUUAGUUUUGAGGGCAGUACGUUGUCUUCUAUCCCCGAUGAUGCCUUUAGCACGAUGAAAAGGCUAACUAGUCUAUCUUUGGACAACAAUCAUCUGCAUGAAGUUCCACUAGCAUUAUCAGGACUAACGACUCUACAAUCACUCUAUCUUGAAGAUAAUCUGAUAUCAAAUAUCACUUGGCUUCCCAAGUCAAGUUCGUUGUCUACGUUAUCACUGGGUGGAAACAAACUGUCCAACUCAACACAUAUCAGUGAAUCAUUGCUCCCUUAUGCCAACUCAUUAUCUGACAUUGACUUAGAAGACAACCAACUCGCGUCUAUACCAGAAUUGGAUUUCUUAGCUCAGGUUGACAGUCUUGACUUUUCUAAAAAUAGAUUAAGCAGUGCAACUUCUGGCACGUUUCCUGCAAAACUGGAUUACCUCGAUAUCUCAUCAAAUUUGUUUUCUGCAAUUCCUAGUUUUAUAUUAACAUUGCAGUUUGUUCCAACCUUAGCAUUGUCGUCAAAUAUCAUCACAGGAAUCAAAGACACCGAUUUUCCUUCAUGUAUUAUAUUUGUACAGCUUGAUAACAAUCGUGUAACGCAAUUGACGGAUACGAGCUUUCCUGUGGAUUCCGGUAUACUGUCAUUAACUUUAGAUGACAAUCCUCUGGGGACAAUUUCCGCGUUGGCUUUUAACAACCUGUCAAACCUUACGCAUUUAAGUUUAAAAAAUAGUUACCUCACUCGCCUGCCAAUUGCAUUGUCUUCCCUUAAAAAACUGACCCUAUUUGAUAUCACUAGCAGUCGAUACCUUGUCUGCACAUGCGCAGAGAAGAGUCUGCAGAAGUGGGUACAGACAAUGUCCGCUGUGACGUUAUUAGGGGAUUGUGGUCUGACUAGUAUUUCUGUUUUCUUUGCUACGCUGAGUCCUCGAUGUCCUAGUGUCAUAACUGCUGCAACUGAUCUUAGGGGUGCCGCCAAUCUGGUGGCCUCGGCACCAUGA